AUGGUUUCCGCCUACACAUCACCCUUCACCAUAGCUUCAACGCUAUUGGCCGUUUUUGUGGCCACUCGGGUCGCGAAGGUCUGGGCCGAUAGGAAGGCUACGGGGUACUUGCCAGGACCGGUGAUGGUUCUGUCUCCCAAUAACGUCCUACAUGCCAUGCUACCCACCAGUCGCUUCAACCUGGGCCUGCUAUGGAGCUGGAUCUGGCGCUGCAAAGUGUACGAACGAUAUGGGUCACAGACCAUCUCUGCCAUCGGGUGGCUCUCUGGCGCGCCAACCGUCUACACCCAAUCGAAGGAGGUCGCAGAUCAUGUUAUUAGCAACAAGGGCCAGUUCGUUAAGCCAUUAGAAGCAUCUUCGUUCAUCACAAUUCCUUUCGGACCCAACGUCCUCGGUUCCGAAGGGGAAGAAUGGAAGCGCCAUCGGCGCAUCAUUCAGCCAGCAUUCAACAAGGAGACAUACAAGCACGUUUGGGAGGAGAGCUAUCGGUUGUUUGAUGAAAUGAGCGAGCAGGAAGGUUGGGACGAUAAGAAAGAGGUCCUGCUGGAGCCGGUAAACUCGCUCACCAGCCGCUUCACCUUACUCAUGAUCGCUCGGUGCGGCUUCGGACACCAUCUGACCUGGAAGAAAGAAGUGCCCGAGAACGGCGAGAUGGAAAUCAGCGAUGCCUUAGAUUGGGUGGGACUGAGUGCGUUAGCACAGUUGAUGCUUCCUCAGUGGGUCUUCAAGCUACCGAUGUCUUGGGUUAAGAAGUCGGACCAGUCUUAUAAGACGGUCAAAGCUUAUCUGGCGGGUCUCAUCGCAAGCAGGAAAGAGACGCUUCUGGCGAACGGCGGAGCCGAUGACCUUCGGCCCGACGUCUUCACUCGUAUGGUAGAUGCGAGCACGAAAGAGGGGAAAGGGUCCUUCAGCGAUGCCGAGCUUGGCGGAAACACGUUCCUAAUGCUUUUCGCAGGUCAUGAUACUACUGCUCAUGCUUUGGACGCCGUCUUGGGAUUCCUUGCUAUCUACCCUGACGUUCAACAAGAGCUGUACGAAGAAGUCAUCUCUGUUUGCUCGUCCGACGCCCACUGGCCCUUCGAGAUUGCCACCAAGCUCCAGAAGCUGGAGGCGGCGAUCGUCGAAGCCGCCAGGAUGUAUCCGGCUGCGUUGCAGAUGUACCGCGUCGCCACCGAGGACACCGUUAUCCCGACCUAUGAACCUCAUAUCAACAGUGGUGUAUUGCCUCUUCAGAAAGGCCAAUUCAUCAGCGUUGAUCUAAUCGGGCUACACUACAAUCCUCGCUACUUCCCCGAACCGGAUGAGUUCCGGCCCUCGCGCUGGUACGGCAAGAACGAGACAGAGUACACUGUCUUCUCAUGGGGUCCGCGAUCUUGUAUCGGACGCAGGUUCGCUCUGACUGAGAGCGUUUGCUUCUUGGCUAAGCUCAUGCGUACCUGGAAAGUCGAACCCAUCCUCAAGAAGGGCGAGACGACGGUUGAGUGGCGUAAGCGUGCCAUGUAUGUACGCAUGACGCUCGCGCUCGGUGUGAGCGAUGUUCCGUUGAGGCUUGUACGCCGCGAGUAG